GUGUGUGGUACAAUUGAAAGUAGUGCGGAUAUGACAGCGGAAUUAAAUAAGGGUCCCAUGCUUGGCCAGCGGCAUGUGCAGUCCUUUUUGCUCUUUUCGGCCAUCACGGUCAAUUUUAUGACCAAGUUCAAUGCUGGAGUGGCGGUUGUGGCAAUGACCGAUGCCGAAAGUACCAAUCCGGACUUUCCAGAGUACGAUUGGACCGAAAUGCAGCGCUCUUACAUUCUGUCCAGCUUCUUCUGGGGCUACAUAUUAACCCAAUUUCUGGGUGGAUGGCUGUGCAGGCGCUACGGAGCCAGAAUCACCAUGUUUGCUUCGACCUUUGGAUCAGCUGUGCUGGUUGCCCUGGUUCCCUGGUUUGUUUCCUGGGGUGGCUGGCAGGCCUAUUGUGCCCUCCGAAUGGCGAUGGGUCUGUUCCAGGGCUUUGUGUUCCCCUGCAUCCAUGCCCACUUGGCUAACUGGUGUCCUGUGAACGAGCGAAACCGGCUGGGAGCCCUGGCCAACAUGGGUAUUGAUGUCGGAACCCUGGUGUCCAUGUUCGCCAGUGGGUUAAUUGCAGCCUCAAGUAUUGGCUGGCCUGGGAUCUUCUACGUGUGCAGUGGUGUCGGAAUUUUCUGGUGCAUUAUGUGGUGGUUCUUCGGAGCCGACACUCCCGGUGAAUCCAAGUUAAUCAGCGAGGCGGAGCGCAUCUAUAUUGAGAAUUCGAUCAGGUCCAGUCACAAGGCGAAUGGGGGACAUGCGGGGACUGCCAUUCCGGUUCCUUGGAAGGCCAUUUGGACAUCGGUGCCUUUCUGGGCUUACAUGAUCACCAAAUGCUGUCAGUCAUGGGGAUUUUCCACCCUCCAGACCGAGAUGCCUGCCUACAUGAAUGGAGUCCUGUUGAUGGACAUGAAGAAAAAUGCCCUCUACUCUGCUCUGCCCUAUUUCGCAUCCUGGGUAAUGGCCAUCGUCUACCUAAUCAUCGCGGAUAUCCUGCUGAACAGGGGCAUUAUGUCCAUCACUGGCAUUCGCAAGACCAUAAACUCGAUAGCGUUCUUUGUGCCCGCGGCUGCUCUGAUCGGAGUCGGCUUUUUGGACAGUGAACAGAAGACCUUGGCCGUGGUGCUGAUGUGCACCAAUGUGGGAAUCAAUGCUGGUUCCACAAUUGGUAGUACCAUAAACACCAUCGACUUGUCACCGAAUCAUGCUGGUAUUUUGAUGGGAAUUGCAAAUACGGCGUCAAACGUUAUACCCAUUGUGACGCCCCUCCUCGUGGGAAUUAUGGUCAAAGAUGUUCACGAUCGCCAGCAGUGGCAGGUUGUGUUCAUCAUCUCCGCCGUGAUCUUCGUCGUGGGCGACUUAAUCUAUCUCGCCUUCGGUCAGAUGGUUACCCAACCCUGGGAUGCACCCGACUUUUUGGAUAAGGAACGAUCCCCCAAUCUACAGGAAGAAGGGUACUCCAAGGCUCUGGAAGCAAAAGAGUCCACAAAUGUUGAUGAGGCUAAACGUAAAGAAAGUGAAGCUGGCUUAGAAAGCGAGGUACCAAAAAAGAAGGGUCUUAAUGAUGAGCUCUGAAAUCGAAAACACCAAAACAUAUUACUAAAGGCUGGUCCGAAACUUUUUUGACAAAAGUAAAAACUUUAUAAAUACACGUAAAUACAA